AUGACCGAAGUUCUGUUUCCGACCGAUAAGUUUAAAGUGUUAUCAGGAGUAAAACUUCCUCGAUCGGAUCUUAGUUGGAAAGCAGCUAACGAUUUUUUUCAGUGGCAAUUCAGUGUUAGACCAGAGCUGGGAGACUUGGAUUCGGAAAUUGUAUUCAUGAAUAACAUUAUCUGGUCUUACUUUAAAGAUACAUGCGGUUUGGUAAAGUCGGCUAAUAAAUUUGAUCACUAUAGAAGUAUGUCAAAAUCAAAGUUAAAAAAAUUCUUAAAAGAUUUAAAAUCGAACGGAGGCAGCUUGGAGGAAACAAAAUUUGUCAGUAAGUUAUUGCGAAAAAGAAUGCAGUCAAGAGUUAAUGACCAGCGGGAUUAUGAAAAUGAAUUAAAUGAGAACUUUUGGAAGUUUUGUAAAAAUGAAUUUGAAAACACCGAAGAGCUAGAACCAAACUUGAGCGAACAGUCGUGUUUCGACUAUUUUAAGAACUUAUUUAAAGAGAAAAAUAAAAGUCGUUUGUUUAAAUGGCCGUCCUGGUUGAGUUCAUUUCCAUCCGCAAGUAAAGAUUUCGACUUAGAAUGUCCUACGUAUCGUGAGAACUCUAAAAUAAUCAGAAAAAUGAAAAGUCGUGGCUCUGCGUGCCCUUUCGACCAAAUAAGCAUUAUUUCGUUUCAACGUUGUCCAAUUUUAAGAACGCAUUUAUGGAGAAUUAUCUGUAAAUGCUGGAACGAAAAAAAUAUUCCAUCUGUCUGGAAGCACGCGGCGGCGAUAUUGAUCCAUAAAAAAGAUUCAACUGAGGAUCCUGCUAAUUUCCGUCCUAUCUGUCUAGAGCCUGUGUUGCUAAAAGUCAUAACAUCAUUGCUAAGGAAUAGAAUCUUUAAGUUUGUUUGCGAAAACGAAUUUAUUGAGUCAGGAAUCCAGAAAGGUUUUUGGCCUGGAAUUUCGGGGACUAUUGAACAUACGGAAUUAUUAUUACAUCUUAUUAACCAUGCCAGAAAUAAGCAAAGAUCUCUUGUAGUUACUUUAAUUGAUCUGAAAAAUGCCUUUGGUGAGGUACAUCAUAAACUUAUACGAACUAUCUUGAUAGCUCAUCACAUUCCUGAAGAAAUUAUAUGCUUUGUUGAGAAUCUCUACUCUGAUUUCAGUAUCUCAAUUAUUACGAAAGGGUUCAUUACGAAAUCAAUUCCAGUGCAACGAGGCGUGUUAUAA